UCCACUGCGGCGCGAACAGAGGGACACGCGCUGGGUGGUGACAUUGUCGUACGCGACGAGAUGAAGAUAAGCCGGGCGCGGACCUGACGGACCUUACUGUGCGGGGUCAGGAGCCAGCUGCGACGAGGCAUGGCUGUGCAAAAGGGACUGGGAGAUGAUCAUGAAGUGUUGAGCCGGGACGCCUAUUGCUCCGGCUACGUGGACAGCUUCGGCAAGUGGAACAACGGGUUUGCCUGUCCGAAGCUGGAGGAGGAGCCCGUGUUCUGCUGCGGCACCUCCACCUACCGCUACUGCUGCACCACCAGAGAACACACGGACCCUGGCGGAGACGCCAACACCGUCAUCGGGGACAACUUGCCGCUGGUGCUGGGUGUGGCGGUGGGCGCGGUCGUCACCAUCGCCCUCGUCACCAUCAUCUCUUGCUGUCUCUGCAAGGGCUGCCUCUGCUACAAGAAACGCGGCGGCGGUAAGCGAGACAGCCUCCACUCGCCGACAGCAGCCAACGGCGUCACCAACAUGUAUAGCUACUCGUCGGCGUCGCUGGGUCGGCGGGACGGCAGGUCCGGUCGCCAGGAGCUGGAGGACAUGCUGCAGGACGUGGACGAGGUUGCCGUCACCAGGCAGAGCCGGUCCAGCAACUUGAACGGCGUCGGCAGCCUGCCCAGAACCUUCACCUCGUACCGCACCAACAGAGUGUCGUUUACGGACUCGGUGGGCAACAGCUCGGUGUCGACGACGACCGACAACGAGCGCCAGCUGUUCAUCGAGCAGUCGGCCGGCCUGCCGCCACCGUACAACUUCAACAAGCUGAGUGGCUUCGAGGAGCCGCUGCCGGUGCCCUACCCGCGCCCGUUCACGACCUCAAGCGGUGAGCUCGGCUCGGGCCACUACAUCGCCGGCAUGUCGCCCAACGACAGCAGCUUCUACGGCGCCAACAAGUUGUGAUGUGGGCGGCUGGACAGGCGGCUCAACGCCGGCUUGGUCGCUGGCGUAGUCGCCGGAGGUGUGCGUUCAAGGACGGCUCGACGAGCCGAGUUCUGCCUCUGCAACGGUGUAGUCCAGCUCCGCCUUUCCAGCGGUGCAGUCCAACUAUGCCUCUCCGGCGGUGCAGUCCAACUCUGCCUCUCCGCCUUUCCUGAGGUGCAGUCCGGCUCUGCUUCCCCGGCGGUACAGUUCAGCUCGGCCUCUCCGGCGGUGCAGUCCAGCCGGCCUUCCCAGCGAUGCAGUCCAGCUCUGCCUCCCCGGCGGUGCAGUCCAGCUCUGCGUCGCCGGCGGUGCAGUCCAGCUCUGCCUCCCGGCGGUGCAGUCCAGCGUGGGCUCAGGUGACAGUGUUCGGAGCGUCAGCGAUGAGCUAUCAUCGGUCUCGUGUGGAGUGCGUGCGUGUGCUAGACCAGCCGGCCGCAGCGUUGGCUUGCAGCCUGUCCGCGACUUGGGGACGUCAGAAACAGAGCCCCGGCGGCGCCCGACGAGGGCGCUCCUGGAAGGGCUGGCAGGGAAACGCCGCCACGUGCCUGCCACACCGCUGCUGGGAAGCCAUGAUCGCCUAUCGUCAGAAUGAAAUCCACGCUGGGUCUGGUCAAAGUCGACGCCAGUUUCUAGGCUCUGUCCGGCGCCGUUUGCGCUCUCGCCUGGGCUGAGCGCUGCGACCGAGGUCUGGACCGCACCAACCGGAACCUGUGUUGUGCACUGCGUGGUGUGUUGUCAGGAGAAAACUGCGCGGUGCUACCCGACCGACUGCUGGCGAUCGCCUGUGCGCUUUGUACUUAUCGGCCCUCGUGCAAACUCACUCGACAUGUGCACCGUACGCGACGUAGCUUUCCUGCUUUUGUAAACAAGGCAGCGCUUGCCGCUUUGGACAGUGACGCAUUGCGAGGCGUUUCGUGGGAAAGAUUCCUACGAACAGGAGACGUUUUACGUUUCUAUGAAAUACGCGUGAGUCAUAGAUAUUUGUUGGCAGUGUUAAUGAGAAGCAAAUAAAAAGUGUUUUGUCAUUU